GUGGAGGCGGGGAAGAACGUCACGCUGGGGUGUCCGGGAGUGACGGAGGAUUCGCUGGUGUUGAUGCUCGAGUGGCGGGCAAACGGGAUGCGGCUGCUCGAGUAUAAGAGCAGAAGCACGACUGUCGUGCGGCGAACAGAACAGAACAGAAUGUCUCUGUCGUUGAAAAAUUAUUCGUUGCAGCUGCAUCCCGUCACCGCCGCCGACAGCGGUAUGUACGAGUGUCUCGUGAACAACAGGAAUACGCCGGAAGCUGUGAUCAAGCUCAUCGUCCGAGACGUGCCUGAUCCACCGGAGCGACCACUUGUCAUAAGUUACACGUCCAAAGCCGUGAAUAUAUCGUGGGCACCUGGUGUUAAUUCCCACAACACUCCAAUUUCGCAGUACGUCAUCUACACCCGCAUCGACGAGGACGGCCCGUGGAACGCGACGAAGGAGAUCAUAACACCGCACAACGACACGUUCUACACUGUCGAGAACCUGAGGCCGUUCACGGUGUACAGCUUCCGAGUGGCGGCGAUAAAUGCUUUAGGACGUAGCAAGCCCAGCCAGGCGUCCUAUUACAUGGUGACCCUCCGCGAAAUACCAGAAGGAAAACCAACCAUCACGGCGGCACACAAUACCUCAGCGACGUCUAUUUAUCUGGCGUGGAAGCCACCGAGUCGCGACACCAUACACGGCGAGUUCCUUGGGUAUCGCAUCGGGUACCGGCGACGCGAGAAAGCGGAUGAAGAAAUGAAAAACGUUUACAUUCGUGAUCCUGCUGUCGACAAUCAUAGUAUUCACAAUUUGGAUACCUUCACGCAGUACCUCGUCUCUCUGCAGGUAUUCAACCCCGAGGGUCACGGACCUGCGUCGACCGUGACGGUGAUGACCGACGAAGGAGCGCCGACAAAGCCGGAGAAUCUCACCUCUCGGGGAAUCACGGGCACCACCAUUGAACUCUCGUGGUCGGAGCCUGAGAACGCCAAUGGUGUCAUCGCCGGUUACCGCGUUUACUACAUGCAUUCCAAUUACACGGACGUUAAGAUGCACAUACCCGACAAAUCUGCGGACUCCGACGAUACGUACAUCGAAUUCAUGCUGAAAGAACUACUCCCGUACACCGAAUACAAGAUCUGGGUGAAGGCUUACACGCGGAAGAAUGAGGGCGAGCCAUCCGAUCAGAUCAUUCGUAGAACCGACAUAACUGGACCGAGUGCACCUCAGAUCUUGAAUUUAACUUGCCAAUCGCACGAGUCCGUUUACGUUCACUGGGCCAGGCCGGCGAACUUCUGGGGCUCGAUCGAUUACUACUACAUCAAUUAUCGAAGGGAUAAUGGACGAUAUUACGAGGAAAUCGAGCUGUCGACCGACAAAAGUCAUCUCGAGAGCGGGGCGAUUAUACCCAAUCUGACGGUGAACACUGUUUACGAGAUCGUGGUACGAGGAGCCACCAGGAGCACAAUAGACAACCGCCUGAUCAUCCGAGGUGACAGCUCCAUACCAACGAAGGUGUUGGUCACCCGCGAUUGCGACAAGAUACCGCCCUUGAUGCGCCGCAGCAGCAAGGAUCUCAGCGCGGGUGUGAUCGCCGGUAUGGUCUGCGCCUGCUUCGCCGUGAUGCUGGCCAUUACGUCCUUCGUGUUGUGGAAACCGAUCUUUAGGAAAUGCUUCCACACUGCCUACUACUACCUGGAUUACCCGCCGCGGAAUGUUCCCACUCUUCAAGAAUGGGAGAACAGCGAGCAGGACGGUGAGAGAACCGCCGUAGCCGUCCAGCAAUUCGUUCAGCAUGUCGCGAGCCUUCAUGCCGACGGUGACAUCGGUUUCAGCAAAGAAUACGAGCUAAUACAGUCUGAGACCGGUGAUUAUACCGUGGAGAAUUCCCAGUUUGCUGAGAAUAAGGCCAAGAACAGAUACUUGAAUAUACUCGCGUACGACCACACUCGUGUGCAAUUGCUCUCCUGCGGCGGUGGACCGCCUAAAAAAGGCCAGGAUUAUGUUAACGCAAACUACAUCGACGGAUGGCAAAGAGCGCGAGCUUACAUCGGUACUCAGGGUCCGCUCCCGCCUACGUUCGAUGGUUUUUGGCGGAUGGUUUGGGAGCAGCGAGUAUCAAUAGUUGUAAUGAUUACCAAUCUUGUUGAGCGUGGUCGUAGGAAAUGUGAUAUGUAUUGGCCGAAGGAAGGGACUGAAACGUACGGUUACAUUCAAGUAACUUUAGUGAGGGAGGACAUUAUGGCCACGUACACUAUCCGUACUCUCCAAAUUCGACAUUUAAAGCAGAUCAAGAAGAAGAAAAAUGGGACCAAUAUGGGCGAGCGCACUAUAUGGCAGUAUCACUACACCAGCUGGCCUGACCAUGGCGUGCCCGAUCAUCCAUUACCUGUUCUGAGUUUUAUUCGCAAAUCGUCCAACGCUAAUCCGCCCGAGGCUGGACCUAUCGUAGUUCAUUGCAGCGCUGGCGUCGGACGUACCGGAACGUACAUCGUGAUCGACGCUAUGCUGAAGCAAGCUAAAGCCAAGGGCGAGAUUAACGUAUUCGGUUUCCUCAAGCACAUCCGUACUCAGAGAAACUUCCUGGUUCAGACGGAAGAGCAGUACAUCUUUAUUCACGAUGCUCUGCAGGAGGCGAUCGAGAGCGGCGAGACCAACAUCGACUCCAAUAACUUAAUAAAGCAUAUUCAAGAUAUGCUGUGUCCAUCGAAUAACAAGACUGACGCGUGGAACAACAUCGAAGCUCAAUACAAGUUGGUGACGUCGUGGAAACCUAAGGACUUCAAUCUCGUAUCCGCCACCAAAGCGUGCAACGUCCACAAGAAUCGUAACAUGGACAUUAUCCCUAUCGAGAAUGCGCGCGUUCACCUAACGCCGAAACCAGGCGUCGACGGAAGCGACUACAUAAACGCGACAUGGGUUUCAGGUUUUCAACGCAAUCGCGAGUUUAUCAUAACGCAACAUCCAAUGGAGAACACCAUAAUGGAGUUCUGGCAAAUGAUGUGGGACCACAAUGCGCAGACUAUCGUCAUGUUAACUCAAUGCGACGAGGAGGAGUAUCCGGAGUUUUGGCCCUUCGAAGGAAAGGAUCUCGAAUCCGAGACGUUCCGAGUACGACUCUGUGGUACGAAAGAGACUGUGAACGGAACGAUCUUGUUAGAAGUGGCUGUUCGAUCGUUGCAGGAUGAUUACGAGCUUAGCGCCAGAAUCGUUCAAGCGCCGUCGAAUCAAAGCGGUUUGUGGCCGCAUAAUAAUAAUCCGAAGACUUUCGUCAGCAUCAUUCAGGACUUUCAUCGGGAUUAUCAGAACGGUCCUAUUGUUGUAAUGGACAGGUACGGUGGAGUCGAGGCUGCACUCUUUGUUCUGCUGACUACGUUAAACAAGCAAUUGGAAUUCGAGCAAAGCGCCGAUAUCUAUAUGUUCGCGAAGCUGCUUUACAUGAAGCGACCCGGCGUUUUCCGCUCAAAGGAGGAUUACAUAUUGCUGUACCAGUGUCUCGAGUCCAUGCUGUCUACGAAAGGCCGCGCGGAGCCCGACCUGUACGCCAUGGCGAACGGACACGUCGCUACGCUGAACGACCCGAACGAGAUCAGGUCGGCCUCGUCGAUUCAACAUAUGCCGAUAGAUUAUCCAUCCAAGUCAUCUGUCAUUCGCGAAUACGCGACCGUAGAAGUCAGUUCCGAAUACCUGUCCGACUAUAGCAUUCCUAUACGCGUGGAUCACCCAAUCGAAUCGUCCAGCAGUCGUGGGAGCGAACCCUGCCUCUCCUCCCACGGCGGCAGCAACGAUCACGUAGUACCGUCGGAAAAAAGCAUGGUGGUGUCGCAGAGAAACAUUAGUUAUCAUAAUCAUCCACCAUCCGGCGUCUCCGUAAUGGUCGAUGCUAAUGGUUAUAUCACAAAUGGUAGCAUGCGUGUACCCUCCGACAAUAUGGAGCCCAGCUGUAAGAUGAUGCCGCAAUGAUGCCGGCCUAUCUUCGGUUGCAGCGCACCCUCGCGAAAGUCGGCCCCGCUGUAAUCGAGAUUCCCCAACGCCGGAAAUUUAAUUACAAUCUGACUGAUCCUCGCAUCGCAGAAGAGGUGAUAAUUCGCAUCCAAAGGAGAGCUGGAGGAUCUUCGAGCGGAUUUCUUAGUGUACAUACAGCUAACGUGAAUGUUAAAAAAAAACGAAAAAAAAUGUGAAGGGAAAAAGAAUUUCGGUAAGGAAACUCGAUUUCCAACGCGCGAGCGGACAGUGCCAAACAAAGAGACAAAAUUGCCGCCGAUGCAUGCCGGAUGGGCGAUGCUUGUCCGUCGCGUAAGUUUACGUUGUUUAAUCUUAUUUUGUAUAUAUUAUAUAUAUCGUAUAAUUAUUGAUAUACACAACACACACGUGCGCGCGCGCGCGCGCCCGCGCAUACAUAUGCAUAAUACGUAUAGGUGCACACACACAACACACACACAUACACGUUACAUAAAAUAUUAUAUAUAUGUACAUGUAAUAGG